UUCAACCGCGGGAGUGGUUUUUAUCAGACUUUCGAUUAGCACUUAUCAGUGUCGUAUUUCCUUUCGUUAAUCGGCCGGGCUCUUCAACAGUCAUCCGCGCGAUCCCGAGCCGUCAAAUAUGAUACUCAAAAUAUAUUGUGUACUAAAUAUCUUUGCAUUCAUCGCCCUUGUUCGCGGUUCUCUCUUCGACGCUCUUAAUCAUGUAGAGUUUCAUAGCAACCAAAAGGAUGAUUACUUCGGAUAUGCAAUCCAUUUACAACAAUCCAAUCCACCAAGAUUAAUCAGCGGCGCUCCGAAAGGAGGUGUUGAUCAGAUCGGAAGUGUCUUUGUAUGCGAUGUAAACAAUCCGACGAAUUGCAAAACCCAUUACACCGUAGAAACGGAUGCUUUUAAUGAAAUCAGAAACAGUUCACUUUUUGGUGCCACUAUAGAGGGUGGAACUCAAAACGGGAAUUCAGUUCUUGUGUGCGCUCCAAAAUUUACUCAAAAUUACAAAACACCAUCUGGAGGAAAAAUGACAAACAACUAUUUCACCAACGGUGCUUGCUACUAUUUAUCGGAUAUCGAGAAAAACAGCAGAAUUGGUAUUUUUGCUAGCUCCGAAAAAACAAAACAAUUAGUUUCAGGCAGAUACAAUCAUGCUCUAUCCGAAUUUGGAUUUUCAGCAGCGUACAAUCAUCACAAUGAUACGUUCUUAAUCGGUACUCCGGGUCAAUUGGAUUUCACAGGAAAUGCGGUUCGAUUGAUAGAAGAAGAUAUUCCUGUUAAUGCCAGACGUCAGAUGACGAAGUCGUCAAAUAAACCGUAUGAUUCCCGAGAUUUAUUCGAAAUACCUCAGUUGAAGAAAUUCCACAUUUACGAAUACAGAGGAUAUGCUGUGGCUCUGGUAAAUGUGGGUAAAAUCUACGCGGUAUUAGGAGCUCCAAGGGCAAAUCGCCUGAGAGGACAAUUCGAGGUGAUCUCGCAUAAGACUAUAGUCCAAACGGAAUUAGGAUCUUCGCCUGGUUCUUACUUCGGUAGCGUCUUUUGCGUGUUAGAUAUCAAUGGAGAUGGCGUGGAUGAGUUACUUGUAGGUGCACCAACAUUCAAAGAGAAGUUUUACGAUCAAGGAAAGGUGUUCGUGUACUUCUACGAAAACGAGAAAUUUGCCAAAAAGUACUCGUUGUUGGGACACGAGGAGAGAGGCAGAUUCGGUUCGGCCAUGAGUAAUUUGGGUAAAAUCACCGGGGAUGCAUAUGAUGCUGUGGCAAUUUCAAGUCCGUACGAGAAUAACGGAAUAGGAGCUGUCUACAUUUAUCUAUACAUCGAUGGAAAAUUGGAGCAGCAUCAAAGAAUUGUCAUGAGUAAUACCAACGGAUUUGGUUUCAGCAUAUCACGAGGCGUUGAUGUUACAAGCGACGGAAACAAUGACUUCGCGGUUGGUGCUUACAAAUCUGGAAAAGCUUUUCUCAUCAAAUCCAAGCCUCUGUUCCACUACGAAUUCAAGAUACAAACUGUGGAGAGUUUGCAAAGUUUCCAUGAUAAUCCUCCCUUCAACUUUACCUAUUGUCUGAAACUUAUUGGUUACGAUAAAGUUAAUACUAUCAUAACCAUAACCAGUAGACAGUCAAGUGCAAAUCAGAAGGAAACACUGAUUAUUAGUAAACAACAUUGCAGUACGGUCGAAGUAAAACCGCUCAACAACGAUGAUAUUACUCCAUUAAGUAUAGAGUUGAAAGCCAGAUCUGCUGACGAUUGUCCAACAUGUCCAGUUCAUUCUCCAACAAAGAAGAGUGUCGUAACACACGAGAUCCCAUUCCUACUGAAUUGCGGUUCGGAUCAAAUCUGUACACCGUCUUUGCAAAUAUCGAAUGAAUUCAAUAUAGAGAAGUUAACAGUGGGAUCCGAAGAGAAGAUAUCCUUAAAAGUAAAUGUGGUUAACAGCAACGAACCUGCAUACCUCUGCAAAGCCUUAUUGUCAUUACCAUCAGGAAUUUUCGUUACGAAGACGGACCGAAAUUGCGAAAAGAACUUCAACAAUUGCGCCUUGGAUAAAAUAUUACAAAAUUCAAACACGAUCGAAUAUCAGUUAAACACAAAGGACUUUCAGGAUAUUCGCACUAACUUAUUAUUCAACUUCAGUUUAAAUUGCGUCAACGAGACAUUGGAAUCCUACAUGAGUCUUCCUUUGGAAUAUAAAAGCAAACUGGAAACUGAUGGUGUUUCAGAUAAGAUAGUUUAUAAAAACAAGAAUGUCACUGAGGCGAUUACCUACAAUCAUGGUUUCUACAUUAGAAAUAUUGGUCCAAGUCCGAUCCAAGAUUUCGAAGUAACCUUUAAAAUCCCGAAUAAAAUUAAGAGCGAUCUAGAAGAUGUUAUGAGCAUUCGCAGGCCACAAUCUUCCUCGCAAGGAUUUAGAUGCGAUACUGAUUUACCAGAAAAUGUAGAAGAAGAUACGAACGAUGACAAAAGUGAAUUGUCUGCGGCAGGACUUUUCGGGAACAACAAAGAUGAUAUACUGAGUUGUUCCAAUUCGAAAAUCCAAUGCAUGGCAAUAAAAUGUUGGUUAACGAUGAAAAAAGGUCAGGAGAUUAAAGUUUUCAUAGAAGUCAAACCGCACAUCGACAAUAUCCUAAAGUACUUCAAGAAUACGUUCACCGCUGUUUUGGAUUUGGAAUAUGUGGAGAAUAAAGAGAAAUUGAUCAAAAGUUCGGAAGUUGUUUUGGAAGAUACCAUUGACGAAAGCGGCAUUGCUUGGUAUUGGAUUCUUUUAGCUGUGAUCAUCGGUAUUUUGCUUCUCUCCGCUUUAACUUUCUUAAUGUACAAGAAAGGCUUCUUCAAACGCAAACAACGCGACGAGAUGAAAGAAGAGAUCAAUAAAAUUAAGACUAAAGAGACCUUCGGUGAAAUCGAAGAGGAAACUGAGACUUGAGAUAUUAUAAAACUCAAGUUAAUGUCAUGUUUCAUAUAAUUUUUUAGAAUCGUGAUUCGCUGCAUUCAAUAUUUGUGUAAUCGUGAAAUAAAAAAUAUAUUUAUUACUAUAUUAAUUGCAUGGACUAAAUACAGAUUGAUUAAGAAACAUUUUGGGAAAGUAUACUUUUUGCUAUUGUUGUAAAAGGGUACUUAAAUUGUAGCGGUAAAAUAAAGGAAUACAACGUACAAACAAACGAAAUUAAUAAAUGAACAAAAAGUAAUAAUUAUAAUAAUAUAGUAAUAAGUGUAAAUAUGUGAAUUAAAUGUAAAAUAAUAUUCGCACAUCGCCUUUGGCCUAGUGAAGACUCUUUUUCAUUUUUUGUUACUUUCAAAGAAUUUAUUCGUCAAUUGGCAAGUAUAAGUAAUAUACAAUGAUCGUAUUUAUAUUUACAUCGAAAACAAAAUAAAAUAUAGGUGGUAUCGAUUAAGAUUAAUAAAAAGUAUUUAUACAUGGCGAAAGAAACUGUAGUCGAAGCUAAGAAGGUCGAGUGUUAAUAAAUAAAAGCGCAGUUGAAGUUGGCCCUAAAGUGGUUAAAUAAAAUCAUACAAAUAAUAAUAAUAAUUAU